AUGUCGGAUUCUGUUGUUUUGCAGUCGGCCGUGCGCGUGCCUACACCUCCCCCAGGCGCUUCCUACUCCCCUCAACCCUCCGGCUCACGAAAGCGAUCGCCGCCCUCUCGUUCACCUUCACCGAAUCGGCGUCGCUCGCCCCCUGGCGACUCAGCAGCAGCCGAUGGCGACGUGCCGCGUAUCGACCCCGGGCGUGCGCUCGAGCGUGAACACCAGCUGGCGGAACGAGUGCGUCAACAUGAACAGAAGGAAGCUGCACGAAAGCCGCUGACGGAGGAGGAGAAACAAGCAUCGGCCAAAGCAGAAUAUGAGAAGCUCCUCAACAUGCGCUCGGGAGGUACAUACAUUCCUCCUGCGCGGCUCCGCGCCCUGCAAGCGCAGAUCACAGACAAGACCAGCAAAGAGUACCAGCGGAUGGCUUGGGAGGCUCUGAAGAAGUCGAUCAACGGUCUUAUCAACAAGGUCAACGUGUCGAAUAUCAAAUAUAUCGUCCCAGAACUGUUUGGCGAGAACCUGGUCCGGGGACGUGGUUUGUUUUGCCGGAGCAUUAUGAAGGCACAAGCGGCAAGUUUGCCGUUCACACCCAUCUACGCUGCCAUGGCAGCAAUCGUCAAUACCAAGCUACCGCAGGUCGGAGAACUACUUUUAAGUCGAUUAAUCAUUCAGUUUCGAAAGGCUUUCAAGAGGAACGACAAGGCGGUGUGCAUAUCGUCGACGACAUUCAUCGCUCAUCUAUGCAACCAACAGGUGGUACACGAAAUGCUUGCGGCGCAAAUCCUACUCCUCCUGCUUCACAAGCCCACCGAUGAUAGUGUUGAGAUUGCUGUCGGGUUAACGCGAGAGGUUGGCCAGCAUCUGGAGGAAAUGAGUGGUCCGAUUGCGUUGGCGGUGUUUGACCAAUUCAGGAAUAUUCUCCACGAGGCCGACAUCGACAAGCGUGUGCAGUAUAUGGUUGAAGUCCUCUUUCAGGUGCGCAAAGACCGAUACAAGGAUAACCCGGCUGUCAAGGAGGAGCUUGAUUUGGUGGAAGAGGAGGAUCAGAUUACCCACCGGAUUGGGCUGGAUGAUGAGAUUGAGACUCAAGACAGCCUGAACAUAUUCAAAUUUGACGCCCAGUGGGAGGAGCACGAGGAGGCCUACAAGAAACUGAAGGCUGAGAUUCUUGGCGAAGGAAGCGAUGACGAAGAUGAGAGCGACGACGGUGACGAGAGUUCGGACGAGGAGUCUGAAGAAGAGCGGCAGCUGGACAUCAAGGAUCAAAGCAAUACAGAUCUCGUGAACCUGCGCCGAACUAUAUAUUUGACCAUUAUGUCCAGUAUCGACUUUGAAGAAUGUUGCCACAAGUUGAUGAAAAUCUCGUUGCCAGCCGGCCUGGAACCUGAGCUUCCUUCUAUGGUCAUCGAGUGUUGCUCUCAAGAGCGAACAUACUCCAAGUUCUAUGGACUUAUCGGUGAGAGGUUUGCAAAGAUCAAUCGCCUUUGGUCAGACCUGUUCGAGAAUGCGUUCGCCAAGUACUACGAUACCAUCCAUCGAUACGAAACCAACCGUCUGCGCAAUAUUGCCCGCUUCUUCGGCCACAUGCUGAGCACUGAUGCGCUCGGCUGGCACGUUUUGUCGAUCAUUCACCUAAACGAGGAGGAGACGACGUCGAGCAGUCGUAUCUUCAUCAAGAUUCUUUUCCAGGACCUUGCAGAGCAUCUUGGUCUACCAAAGCUACGAGAACGCAUGACAGACGAGCUUUUGCGCUCAAGCUUCGAGGGCUUGUUCCCAACGGACAACCCGCGCAACACCCGUUUCUCGAUCAACUACUUUACCAGCAUCGGUUUCGCUCACGCUCAUCCUAUUCAUCUCGAUCUCGAUCCCGCUCUUAUACUUACUCUCGCUCCCCGUCCUACUCCCGCUCGCCUUCUCGCAGCCGCGGUCGGCGACGUUCAGUCAGCCGCGGCAGGUCCUACUCGCGGUCUGUAUCUGGCUCAUCCCGCCGCAGCUACAGCCGAAGCUCUUAUACCGCCUCGCGGUCGCGCUCAAGAUCCCCCGUGCCGCGAACCCGCCGUCGCUCGGUCUCGUACAGUCGGUCUCCAUCUCGCAGCCGCAGUCCACCCCCUCGAACUGGCCGCGGACGUGUCGACUCUCGAUCUCCACCGCCACGCCGAAGCCGGAGCCGCAGCCGCUCCCGCUCCGUCACUCCUCCCCGACGAGGCGGAAGAGCCCGUAGCUAUUCUAGAUCACCCUCGCGGUCUGUCUCUCCACCGCCGCGCCGAGCACCUGCUCCUCGACGCUACUCGUCAGCAUCGAUGUCCCCUCCCCCUAAGAGGGCUGAACGGCGCAUUCCCUCACCCCAACGUCCUCCGCCAGGCCGUCGGGGCAGAGAUUACUCUGUCACGCGAUCGCCUAGCCCUCGCUAUAGUAGAAACCAGCGCCGACGAAACUCCAGUUCACCUCUCUCCGCAUCUCCGCCUCCCCGUCGGCGGGCACGAUCCCCCUCCACCCCGCCCCGUCGGUAAUACUACCAUCUCGAUAUAA